GGCAACUGACUUAUUGACAAUGUAGUCUGCUUUUGUUUUGUUAUUGUUUAGAUCAAGAUUUUAUCCGUCGUCAAAUCGUCAGUUCUAAUCUGAUUUUUUUUUUUUUUUUUUUUGUCAGCUAUAUUGGUUUUGCAACAUAAAUUUUGGCUGUAAGUUUUCAUUGUUAAUUAAUUGGUCCCGAUCGCACGAGAGAUCCAUAGAAUAUGACUACAGAUGUGAAGCAGGACAAUGGAUGGGUCCAGUGUAGAACGGAAGAAGACUGGAGAAAGCUCCAAAGUCUCAUUGCAUUUCAUAAGUCUGAUGAACCACCAGAUAUUUCUCAAAGGGAGACUUUGUACAAAUGCCCUCCAAAAAAGCAAACCCUUGUUAAGUUGCUUUUAAUAAAUCAAGAUGCAAUUGGAUUCUAUAUCGUCAGACUGAAAGGUUUACAAGAAGAUGGAGGUCCCCCAUUUGAAAUGCCAAUUUUGGAUGGUAUUUUCAUCUCCAAGGCUUACAGAAAACAAGGAUGGGGAACUGCAAUGAUAGACGAUCUAGUAAAUGUACACUUUCCUGGUCAAGAUGUUGGUUUCAGUCAACCUAUUUCUGUUUCUCUCGAAUCAGUUUUGAAGAAAUUUUUGACAGCUAACCCACAGCAUCGGAGUAAACUCUGGGCCGUUGAAAAUUGCGGCGAGGAAGGUGACAGACUAAAUCUGUGGCUAUCAUUGGCAAUAAAAAUAUGAUGAAAAAGCAACGUA